UUGCUGGGAUCAAAUUAAUUUAGCGUUUGCAAUUGCAUUUCUAAGUCAAACCGAUCCAUGGAGGAGGUGAAGAAGGAUGUGUAUUCGGUGUGGGCAUUACCGGAUGAGGAAUUGGAGCCGCGGUUCAGAAAGCUAAUGGAAGCUCUGAGUUCUGAGUUCACUGGCCCAAGAUUCGAUCCUCACGUCACCGUCGUCGGAGCCACUAGUCUGACUGCAGACGAAGCAAAGAAGAUGUUUGAAGCAGCUUGCGACGGUAUUAAAGCUUACACCGCUACCGUAGAUAGUGUCUCUACCGGGACUUUCUUCUAUCAAUGCGUUUACUUGCUUCUCCAAUCCACUCCAGAGGUAAUGAAAGUUGGUGAACACUGUAAGAACCAUUUCAAUUGCUCCACCUCCACACCUUACAUGCCGCAUUUGAGCUUGCUUUACGCCGAGUUAACAGAAGAAGAGAAGAAGAAAGCUCAGGAGAAAGCUUACACAGUCGAUAACACCCUUGAUGGCCUGAGUUUCCGGUUUAACCGACUCGCUCUAUGCAAAACCGAUACUGAAGACAAGACUCUAGAGUCAUGGGAGAGAGUGGCUGUAUGCAAUCUCAAUUCUUAAGAAAGACAACAAAGUGUUUGGUUCUGAAACUGUAAUUAAAAUGUCUUAAUAAACUUGCUUUUGAACAAUGUCUGAUGAUGUAUCGUCUCUAAGAUUGAUAUAAUGCUACAAUGCAACUCCCCGGCA